UCAGUUCACCAGUUCAAAUUACGCUGUAGUGAAAAUAUACACAUGCAAAUAAACUAGCAUUGUUAUGAUAAACUAGUCUACGAUAUAAAAAAACAUCUCCGUUUAACUCUAACUUGACAACUUAUUUUUCAGUCAUCAGUAUAAGAAAGAAAUCAUUAGUAUGAGAUGGACGGUGCAUAUCGAAGGAGGCCCACGGAGGGUCAACCACGCAGCCGUUUGCAUUGGCGAUAAAAUAUUUUCUUUCGGUGGUUAUUGUUCAACAGAAGAAUACAAGGAUUGGGAACCAAUUCCCAUUCAUGUUUUGGACACUAGUACAUUAAGGUGGUCCCCGGUAUAUUACAGAAAGACUCAUGUAAUGCCUUUUCAGAGAUAUGGACACACAACAGUUCCGUAUGGUGACAAGGUAUAUAUGUGGGGAGGAAGAAAUAAUGCUGUAGCCUGUGAUACAUUAUUUUGUUUUGAUACAAAACAACUAGAAUGGAGUAUGCCACCUGUUUCUGGGACUGUGCCCUAUGCCAAAGAUGGUCAUUCUGCAUGUGUUAUAAGGAACAAAAUGUAUAUAUUUGGAGGUUUUGAAUAUUUAACUGAUCAAUAUUCACAAGAGGUGCAUUGUUUAGACUUGGAUACUUUACAAUGGAGUUUUGUUGAUGUACAUGGAGCUCCACCUUCCCAGAGAGACUUCCAUACGGCUGUGCCAAUUGGAGAUAGAAUGUAUAUAUUUGGUGGCAGAGGAGAUUUGAAUAGCCCAUAUAACUCUCAAGAGGAAGUAUAUUGUCCACAAGUAUUUUAUUUGGAUACAGUAAAGAAUGAGUGGGUUGUAGCCAAUCCACAAGGCACCUGGCCAGAGGGCCGACGUAGUCAUUCAGCUUGGUAUCACGGGGGCUACAUGUAUAUCUUUGGUGGAUUUAAUGGAAAUACAAAAACUCACUUUAAUGAUUUAUAUAGAUACUCAAUAAAUGGAAAUUAUUGGCAAUACAUAAAUGUUAGUGGAGUGAAGCCUUGCCACAGAAGGCGUCAAGCGUGCCUGCUGUAUAACAAUAAACUAUAUCUUUUUGGUGGAACAAGUCCAUGUCCACAUGUAAGCGGCCGGCCCGUGGAGAACCCAGAAGCAGCUGACGAUCCGGAGAGGCUGAUAGACAACAGCGACCUGCACAUCUUGGAUUAUUCACCUACGCUCAAAACACUAUGCAUACUCAAAGUUCUUGAACUCAAUCUAGACCAAACAUAUUUACCACGUGAUAUUAUGAUAGAUAUUUGGACUAUGACCCUUCCGAAUCGCAUCAGCAGGCCUGUCAACCAAGCUGGGUGAAACUUCAACUUUUAAAUAAUUAAUUUUAUUACUAUUUAAUAUCAGUGAACUUUAGACACAAUUAUCUGCUCAUUACUGUUCAAAUAACAUGUUUAAUUUUUUCUCAUGCAUCUACAAUCCCUUACCACGUUUAAGUUGAACUGUAAUGAAAGUGUUUAGUUGAUUUGUGAAAAAGUGACAUUGGUUCCGGAAUAUGUAAAUAAAAAAGUAUUUAAGAUUUUGUAGUGCAAUACAGUAUACUGUAGUAACAUGUAGCAUAAACUUUUACUCUAAUAAAGCAAUGUAUUAUGUGUGUCGUGAGGUAUUUCUAU